AUGUUACGCAGAGAUGGCUCAAUACUCGCUGGUAUCAUCUUUUUCUCGGUUGGGGCUUACGGAAAAGCCAUUGACAUCUUUGACAUGACCAGCCUAGAGCCGAUCGAGCCAAAUUACUGUAAUAACAGUGAAAUUCUCGAACAGGCUGGCCUCUACAAAUCGACGUUGGGCCAAUUUUUAGGAUUUGAAUGCAGUCAGGAAUUUUAUCACUGCAGAUGGCAAAGCGACGGAUUCCGUACCUACCGUAAGGCCUGUAAAACCGGGUUGGUCUACGACACGUUUGGCACCCAGAAUUGUAACUACGACUACAACGUGAAGGGAUGCCAAAUCAGUAGCGGCGAUUCCGCCUGCAACACCACCACCAGCUUCUGGUGUCCGCUUUCCGAGCAGUGCGUGGAACUUCACAAGCGUUGUGACGGCACCUACGACUGCAGCCUCGAAGAAGACGAGCAGAAUUGUCCGCUGUGUGCGGCGGGCGAACUGGCGUGUGUGGUCUCGGAGGAGUGCGUGCCCAUCGACAGACGAUGUAAUGGGAUCUCUGAAUGUUCUGAUGGGACCGAUGAGAGGGAUUGUGACGUCUGCGGCCACGGUCUCUUCCAUUGUGGAAAAUCAAACGAAUGCGUACCACUUGAACAUCGCUGUGAUGGACAACGGGAUUGCCGUCACGGUGAGGAUGAGAUGCUUUGCCGGAAUAAGCCCGUCGAAAAAUCGGUUUACACUUGUGAAAAUCGACGAGAGACGAUCCCGAUGCAAAACGUGUGCGACAACGAGAUCAACUGCUCGGAUGGGUCGGAUGAAAAGUAUUGUGAGGUCGCUGGGCAGCCUCCAACUUCCGUCAUCCUUUCGUCAAAUCCUCGACCGGAAGCCCCUCCACAGCCAGUCAUCCCACAAAUUAUCUCUGCGCCUCAAGAACUACCACAACCGGAAGCUCCUGAGCAGGUCUACGAAGAGUAUGAAAACCCUGAAGAUGAAAAAGCAGACUAUCAGGCCGAGAAGGCUGCGUUCCCAAUGAUAUCUAUCCCCGUUCUACCACCAGCACCACCACCAAAGAUCGUUCAGAAGAAAAUUACCCCUAUGAAGGCGGCUACUAGAGCCCCUCCCCCUCCACCUCCACCAACUACUGAACGACCAACUCCAGCCGUUUUCAGCCGACCGAGACCGAGGCCGCAGCCUCGUAUCAAAAUCCAAAAUCCAGCCCCAGCCGUCCCAAAGGCCAUUUUUGUGCAACCAACAUUCGUUGAGGUCACCGCCCCGCCUGCUCCUCAAGAAAAAUCAAUUGAAUACAGCACUGAGGAGGAGACUACUGUAAUCGUUAAGACCAAGCCGACUCGCCGGCCUUUGGGGGUCAAAAAUGGAAAGAGGACCAAGAUCCCGAAGGGCAGGACAACAACGGCUAGUCCGGUUGGCGUGCCGAAGAGUCAGGAAGUCGCGCAAGUUUCUCGAAUGCCACCGCAGAUGAAGAACCCGCCACUAGGACAGAGGUAUUCUGUCGCUCCGAUGGAAAAGGUGACGCGUGUGACCGCUCCUCCAGAGGAAUACGGAGAAACGACGGCGGGUAGCCCGCACAAGCUUAUCCAACAGAUCUCCACCCAUUUGGCCCGUAAUGGCCGAAGUGACGUGACUGCCGACCUGCUCACAAAAAUCGAGGCCAUGCUCACCACCCAGUUAGGGCCAGAGCCGACCACGAUGACGACGACGAGGGGCAAGAAAUUGAGCCGUCGACCUACUAAAUUCGCGCCAACCUCCAACGGCCAGACGACCAUCCAACGUUUUGUAUCUCGGGUUACCCGACCGGCUCGCACCUUUGAAGUCAGCCAGUCGAUGUUCAAC